AACCAAUCAAACAGUCCGCAAAUUGUGGGCAGCAGCAGCAGCAGCCACUGCUUCCAUUGGCCCUGGCCCGAUCCUUUGACCAACCAACGAGCGAGCGCCACACAACAGCAACAACAACAACAAAAAGAACAAGAAGGACAACAACAAAGAAGAUAAACAAGCAACAAAAUGGAUCCACAACAGCAGUUUUGCCUCAAAUGGAACAGUUACUCGUCCAACUUGGCAAUAACGUUCUCCAAUCUUUUCAAAUCAGAUCUGUUAGCCGAUGUCACAUUAUCCUGCGAUGGCGCCGUUUUCCGAGCACACAAACUAAUAUUGGCCGCCUGUUCGAAAAAGUUUGCCGAUCUGUUUGAGAAUACGCCGACAAAUGGCCAGUGCGUUAUCAUAUUGGAGGCGACCACGCCGGACAACAUGGCCGCGCUGCUGGAGUUUAUGUAUAAGGGCGAAGUCCAUGUCUCCCAGGAGGCGCUCAACAGUUUUCUCAAAUCCGCCGAGAGUCUACAGGUCAAGGGUCUGUCCACAGAGACGGGCCGUUUGGCGGCACAGCAGGCGCAGCAGCAACACAUGGGUGGCGAUAGCUCACCGCUUGAUUCACCCACUGGGAGGCGCAACAUGCGCAACAGUUUAAGUGGCAGCGGUGGCGGCAACAACAACAACAACAACAGCGGCAUCGGCAUCGGUUUGGGUGGCGCCAACAGCGGCGCCAUUGCCGGCAAUGGGCUGAGCCUGGCGGGCGCACUUAGCGGCAUGGCUGCUGCUGGUGGCAUGGCUGCGGCGGCAAGCGUUGCGGCAAGCGGCCUAAGCGCUCUGGCGGCCAGUGCUGGUGCGCUGGAUCGUUGCGGCAGCGCUGGUGGCAACAUCAUUAGCGGCUCCGCGUCAAGCGUUGGUCCAAUGAGCACGGGCUCUGCAGCUGGCGUUGGUGGCGGUAAUAAUGUUGGCGUUGGCGGUGGCAACAAUGGACCCAUCAGUCUGGGCAGCAGCGUUGUCGCAAUGCAUUUAGGCGGCUCCACGGGCAGCCUAAAGCAGGAAUGUGACUCACUGAUGCAUCCGAGCAGCUCCACAUCGCUGGGCGCCAUGUCUGGCUAUGUGCCGCCAAUGUACCACCGUCCCAUGUCCUUCAACGAGCCGCUGCGCAAGCGCGCCCUACGCAGUCCCUUCGCCGAGCAGGAGUUGCGCGGCAGCGUUCUGCGCGAUGGCUCCAAAAACUCCUCGGAGUGUCCCAGCCCCAUCAAUAAGCCACCGUACCAUCGGCCCUCGUCCAGCGCCUCCUCAACGGCGCCCACAGAGGCAGACACAAUGCACUCUGAACGUGCCUCACCGCAGUCCAGCCGCUAUGAGAACCACAGUCCGAGCACCACCGCCGGCAAUGGGAAUGCGCCCAGCAGUUUGGAUCGCAUUGUGAAAUCGGAGCGGAAUAAUGGCAGUGCCAAUGAGGCUAACGACGACGAACGCGAACUGAUGGAUGAGUCAACAGAUAAUGGCGCUGAGGAUUUGCGUGUGAAGCUGGAGAAUUCAAGCUUUACGCCGCCGAAAUUCGAACCAAAUUCGAACACAUCAUCGACGACACCGAAUGCGCUGCUGGAGAAUCUAAAGAACGCGGAUGGUUCGCUCUCUGGCAAUUUGGCAGCAUCGAUAGCACCAGCUGACAUGUUGAACGUGUGGAAUGCCACCAAGAUGAACAACAAGAACAGUGUCAACACAGCCGAUGGCAAGAAAUUGAAGUGUUUGUAUUGCGAUCGUCUGUACGGCUAUGAGACGAAUCUGCGGGCACACAUCCGUCAGCGGCAUCAGGGCAUCCGUGUGCCGUGCCCCUUCUGCGAGAGGACAUUCACGCGCAACAAUACGGUGCGUCGGCACAUUGCCCGGGAGCAUAAGCAGGAGAUUGGUUUGGCUGCCGGGGCGACAAUUGCGCCGGCGCAUGUGGCAGCAGCGGCGGCGGCAGCGGCAGCCGCCAAUCAUUCACCAUAGGAAGCGGCCGCAACGGCAGCGGCAGCAGUAGUCAUGAGCGCCCACAAGGAGGCGGCUAAGCAGCGUAAACGUAAAUCACUCAAAAUGGCAUUGGAGAAGUGUAUGCAGCGGCGGGAUGCGAUGGCAUCCGCUGAGGCAGUGACUGGGGGAGAUCAUCAUCAUCAUCAUCAACAACAACAACAUCAUCAAAUUGGAGGGGGCGUAGGAUCAUCGGGCGGGGAGACGACGACAACGACGACGUCGACGACGAUGGCAUCAUCGACGGCAGCGGCGGCAUCAGCGGCUGCGGCAGCGGCACUGCUCAGUUUUGAGCAUCAGCAGCAGCAUCGGCAGCAGGUGCAUCAGGAGCUGGCGUUGCAAAUUAAGGCGGCAAUGGCCGCUGAACAGGAGCAACGUGAACAGCAGCAGCACCAGCAGCAAGCGGCGGCAGCGGAGGCGGCGGAGGCCAUGGAUACCACGGCCAAUACAACAGCAACAACAACAACAACUGCGACAACAACAACAACAGAUUGCAGCGAUGCGGAGGCAAGCGAUGUCAGUGAGGCAGCCAAGCAGGCGGCCACCACCAUGGAUAUCGAUGAGCCGAUGCGUUCGCCAGAUCCCGAGUCCGAGCUUGUUGUAGUUGAGCCCAAAAUAGAGCCGCUGUCCGACAGCGAGGAGGAGGAGGAGGCGGAGCAGGAGCAGGAGCAUGAGCAUGAGCAUGAGGAGCAGCAUCAGGAAGAUCAGCAGCAGCAACAGCAGCUGUAUGAAUCGGAAGCUGAAUUGCAACGCACGCCCACUUCGACGCCCACCAGCCCCAUGAUGAUGAUUAUGCCACACGAACCACCCACAUUGACCUCAACGCCCAAGCUCAAUGUGGAUGUCAGUGAGCAGUAAGCAAAUGAUGAUGAAAAAACA